UACUGAAGUUUUCGAUUUCGGUUCGGUUUUUUCGUUAUUUUAUUCCACCCCAACUUCCGAAGGUGCGCACUUUGAUUUCCGUUCGCACCGGGCUCGCAUUGUCGUAGCCUGCAUACGUCAUCACCAACAGUACCUUCCUACGCCUUCUCCCUAAACCCCGCGAGAGGGGACACCAGCCUUCCGAAAACGAACAACCAAACUCUUCCUCUUCCUCUCCUCCGCCAUUCGUAUUUCUUAAUUAAUUCCUUGCCUUCAAUCAACAAAAACUAGCAUUUACCUGAAUUUCUAAUGGCUCCGGCCACCUCCUCCUCGCCUGCGGCUGCGGCUCCAGCUCAGCGGCUUAUCCGCUUCAACCGGAGGACAUCGGCUCCUCGCCAGCCUUCGCCGCCCGGGUCGCCGCCGCCGCAGAAGAUGAAGCCUAUGGCGGAGAUAAUGGCGAAGGCUAAAUUCACGGUGGUGGAGAGAGGCGAUUACAGCGACGUUACCUGCGAGCAUUGUAGGUCGGGUGACCGAUCCGACGAGCUGCUUCUCUGCGACAAAUGCGAUAGAGGCUUCCACAUGAAAUGCCUCCGGCCUAUCGUCGCCAUUGUCCCCAUUGGAUCAUGGCUCUGCCCUUCCUGCUCCGGACACAGACGAGUAAGAAGUUUCUCGCAGAAAAAAAUUAUUGAUUUUUUCCGGAUUCAGAAACCUAGUGAUCAUGAUCCCAAAGACAAAUGUGCGUCUCCUCAAGAUACCAGAAAACGCCGGAGGCGUUCAGGAUCAUUGGUGUUGCAAAAGAGAAGAAGAAGAAUACUUCCAUUUGUUUCAUCAGAAGAUCCUGCUCAAAGGCUGAAACAAAUGGGUUCCCUGGCUUCUGCUUUAACAGCAUUGCACAUGGAAUUCAGUGACAAUCUCACUUACAUGCCCAGAAUGGCUCAUAGAUCUGCAAAUCAGUCCAAGUUUGAGGACGGUGGCAUGCAGAUUCUUUCCAAGGAAGAUACCGAGACAUUGGAGCUUUGCAGAGCCAUGUGUAAAAGAGGCGAAUGCCCUCCUCUUACAGUAGCUUUUGAUUCACGUGAAGGUUUUACGGUAGAGGCUGAUGAGCAGAUCAAGGAUAUGACUUUUAUUGCUGAAUACACGGGUGAUGUUGAUUACAUAAAGCAUCGGGAAAAUGACGAUUGUGACAGUAUGAUGACCCUUCUGUUAGCAACUGAACCAUCUAAAAGUCUAGUCAUCUGCCCUGAUAAACGUGGAAACAUCGCUCGAUUUAUCAACGGCAUCAACAAUCAUACCCUGGAAGGUAAAAAGAAGCAGAAUUGUAAAUGUGUAAGAUACAGUGUUAACGGUGAAUGUCGGGUCUUUUUGGUUGCUACUCGUGAUAUUGCUAAAGGCGAGAGGCUAUAUUAUGACUAUAACGGAUACGAGCAAGAAUACCCUACUCAACAUUUUCUCUGAGCUAUCGUCUAUAGACGUUAACGGCUUACCGUCUAGCAAUCCUAAUUGGGAUUUUAUUUGCUCCUAAUGUUCUUCUUCUUUCCCAAUUUCAAGCUUUACUUCUUGUUGCAAGGUCAAUAAUUUUCUUCUAGUUAUUCCAUUGAGCCAUUCAUUGUAUUUCCCUAUAGAGCUGGCCUAUUAUUGGGCCCUUGGGUAUAGAAUUAUAGAGUAGGCCAAGGAAAACUUUUCUUGCUAGUUAAGCAAACGAAAAGAGUUUUAUCUUUUCGGAUUAUAACUUAAGGGAAUUAUUAUUAGCACUACAAAAACUGCACUUCUCUCAAAUUUUUCCGCUACGGAGAAGUGCAUGAUCGAAUUUUUAAGGAUUGCAAGUAACAGCUCCCUAACUUAUUAAACAUCUUUCUUUGUAAUACAGGUUUUAAUGGUAGAUUUUAGUUUUGAGUUAA